UGUCUGUUUAUGUUUUCUCUGAUAGUUAGUCUGGGUAUCAAUCUGAUUUGCUCGAGUAACUAGGAACAACUUUAGCUGCACGCGUAUUGUACGGGUUCACCUUACAUGGUUUUAUGAUACUAAACAUGUCGACGGUUAAUUAUCAGUGCGUAUCCAAUACUAGCUUCGCGCGAUGCACAUAUGAGCAGCACAUGGACGGGCUCGGAUGGUUUUACGAGAUCGUGUAGUCCAAUAUGGUGAUCCGUGUGGCAGUUAUUGGAGCAGGGGCGGCUGGAGUGUGUGCCAUGCGGCAUCUUCUGGCUCGGUCCGAUGUGUUCGAGGGAGUGUGUUUCGAGCAGUGUUCCCAGCUGGGGGGCAUGUGGAUCUACAGGGAAAAUGCCUUUGCUGAUGAGAAUGGAGCGCCAAUGUUGGCUUGUAUGUAUAAAAACCUCAAAACCAAUAUCCCGAAGGAGAUUAUGGACUAUCCGGACUUCCCCUUCCCGAAGAACCUGCCAUCCUUUGUGCCCCAUGAGACGGUGCUGCGGUACCUACAGGACUACGCUGAACACUUCAACGUAACAGGCAGGAUAAAGUUUAAAACUCGAAUUGAGCGUGUAAGCCCAGUCAAGGGAGACAACUCUGGGAAAGUCCGAUGGGAAGUGACCUACAGUGAUGUUAUUGAUAAAGAGAACCGCACCACUGAGAUGUUUGAUGCUGUCAUGGUUUGUAUUGGAAAAUCAAUGAUUCCACGAAUACCUGAGCAUCCUGGCCAGGACACUUUCAAGGGUAAGAUCCAGCACAGUUGUAGUUACCGAGUACCAGAGCCGUUCAGGGGCCAGCGAGUUGUGUGUCUUGGUGCACAUAUGUCCGGGCUGGAUCUGGCAAUCGAGAUCAGCAGUGUCGCCGACAAGGUUUUCCUAAGCCAUAACAAAGACAAACUGAAGACAAUCCUUCCUGCCAAUGUCACUGAAGUCAAAGGAAUUAAGUCCUUCAAUACACACUCAGUUGUAUUCUUAGAUGGGCAGGAACAGCAGGUGGAUACUGUCAUCUUCUGUACAGGAUAUAAAAAUACCUACCCCUUUCUCACAGAUGACUGCCAUGUCAAAGUGCAGGCAGGCAGUAGAGUUACCCCCCUUUACAAACACCUCAUUCACACUGAAUUCCCGUCCUUGACCUUUGUAGGACUCUGUAAGAUGGUGAGUCCUUUCCAGGUCUUUCACCUCCAGAUUCUUGUAGUGAUGGCCAUGCUGGAGGGGAAACUGACGCUACCUUCGAAGGAAGAAAUGGACCAAGACACUGAGAAAGAUUUUCAGGAGCACUUAGCCAGUGGUCUGCAAGUUCAUGAUGCACAUAGUCUUGAUGACCGUCAGUGGUCUUACAAUGAUCAGUUGGCUGAUCUGGCCAACUGUCAGCAGCUUCCAAGAGUGAUUGAGAAAAUCUGGAACAAGUAUCAAGCUAUGCUUCACGAAAACUCCCUGACUUACAGAAACAUGAACUUUCUCAGGACCAGUGAUGAGUCGUUUGAUGUGGUUUGCCAAAACGGUGUCUCACAUAUUAUCUGACAGUCUGAACUCUCCAUUUGUUGUUUAUGGACUUAACAAACUAUCAAGAUCA